AUGCCGGGGGCGCUGCUGCCUGCCUUGCUUCGUGUAGGGAGCAAAGUUCAGAGAAGUGCAAAAGCGGCUCAGGCUUCGCUCGGACCCCAGCAAAGAGGAGCCGCUUCUGCUGCCAUGGCCGCUUUAGUGAAGAGGAUCAUUAGUACUGCGAAAGCUCCGGCGGCUAUUGGCCCCUAUAGUCAAGCAGUGUUGGUAGACCGGACCAUGUAUAUAGCUGGGCAGAUUGGCAUGGAUCCUUCAAAUGGGCAACUUGUACCUGGAGGAGUAAAGGAGGAAGCUAAACAGGCACUUAAGAAUGUUGGGGAAAUUCUGAAAGCGGCUGAUUGUGACUACAGCAAUGUGGUAAAGACUACUGUUCUGAUGGCUGACAUGAAGGACUUUGAUGAUGUCAAUGAAGUAUACAAGCAGUUUUUCAAGUAUGACUUCCCAGCCAGAGCAGCUUAUCAAGUUGCAGCUCUGCCAAAAGGUGCACGUGUUGAGAUUGAAGCUGUUGCCAUCAGUGGACCACUCCGUGAUGCCAAGCAUGACACUAAAGGCAACCUUUAACCACAGGGCUUGGGUUCACUUAAGCUUCUUGUAGGGUUUGGUCAUGGAACUGGUUGUCUCUUUUACAUGACUUGAGUAAUUCUUGCAGGUUUCAGCACCUGGUAAGAGGAAGUGAAUUUCUACCACCCACUUACCAUUAAGCCAUUAAGGCUAUAGGCUGAUGCACGAUUGAGUAGGAAUGGCACUUAGUCAUAAGCUGUUGGGAAACAUUUUAUCACUUCAUACAUAUUUUGAGGGCUAGAGACUAGUGAUUUAUCCAGAAACCAUGAAUAAAGUUUUCAUGUAAUUAAUAUGGAAACUAAGUCCAGUCAUAUGGAGAAUAUGGCAUGUUGAAAAGCCAAGUACGCAUUACAUAUUAUAGUAUGGAAUCAAACCAUUAGAAGGAAAAAUAGUAAAGGUUACACUGGAAUUACUGUACCACAGUGCUAAAUGUUGGAUGGUUUAGUAUUCUCAACUUACCUAUUAAGUUUACCUCCAUUUACUAGACAAAGUAGUGUGCAAACAUGCAGAUACUUUUAAUGCAUGUUUUCAGAUCAUUAACAUGCUAAAAUUCAUCCUGAUUUACGUUUUUGAUGAAAUAUUAAUAAACGAUGGUUUAUUAUUUUAAUCUUUUAAAAAAGUGAGCUGUAUCUACUUUCCAAUAUCAACCUUUCAAGAAUAAAAAAAACAACAUUGGUUAUUUUCAGGUUGUACAAUA